GGCGGAGGUGGGGUGCUAGCUCUGAAUGGCCAUAAGGUCACGCUCCUCCCCCCCACCUCACUUGCCAAUAGGAGCCGGGUCCGCUGUGCACAUGCGCAGGAUCCUAACGUACCCUCCAUCACGGCUGUUGGUCUCUUUUGUUGGCUACAAGAAGACACCCAGUACAACAAUGCCAUCCCCACUGGGCCCCCCACGCCUGCCCUCUGUGGACCCUGUGGCCACUCUGGAGGAGCCCGAGGCAGCACGCCUGCGUUUCCGGGGAUUCUGCUACCAGGAGGUGGCAGGUCCCCGUGAGGCCCUGGCGCGGCUGCGAGAACUGUGCCGCCAGUGGCUGCGGCCGGAGGCAUGCUCCAAGGAGCAGAUGCUGGAGCUGCUGGUGCUGGAGCAGUUCCUGGGCACGCUGCCCCCUGAGAUCCAGGCCUGGGUGCGGGGCCAGCGGCCAGGCAGCCCUGAGGAGGCUGUAGCCCUGGUCGAGGGCCUACAGCAUAACCCUGGGCAGCUGCUGGGCUGGAUCACAGCCCAUGUCUUGAAGCAAGUGGUGCUCCCAGCGGCACAGAAGAUAGAGGAGUCCUUGGGGAGACCCCAGCCUUCAGGGACAGUGGAACUUCUCAGGGCAACCUCUGGGGAGGAGCCACAGGACACCCAGAUGGAGGGGUCUCCCCAGCUCAGCUGCAGUGUGAAGGAGGAGCCUGAUGCUGAUGGGCAGGAGAUGGCACCUUCCAGCCCCCCACAUCCAUCCCAGUCCCGCGAGGGGUACCCAGGACACCGGGAACCAGCCGCCACCUCCUUCCACCCACCCAGGAUUCAGGAGGAGUGGGGGCUACUGGACCGGUCACAGAAGGAACUGUACUGGGACGCGAUGCUGGAGAAGUAUGGCACGGUGGUCUCCCUGGGGUUACCGGCCCCCUUGCCAGAGGCACGGGUUGAGUCGGAGCCAGGGGUACUGCGCUCGGGGACAGAGGGUCAAAGAAGCCUCCACCCGGGUGAGUGCUUCUCCAUGCGAUCUGAACCACCUGUUGCCUGGUGGAGUGGGAGCUUGUCUGCCCCCACACACCUGGUGGGAGGGGGUGGGAAUGUCAAGGAUGCUGGGCUACCUGGGACUGCCAACUCUCCUUCCCCAGGAGAUGAGAGUGAGAGUCACUGUGAGGGUCCACCCCGCUGCCCAGAGGCCCAGCCACCCCAGGGCCCCAGGCCUGUCACCUGGGAGGGCCCAUCUGGGGCCUCCGUCUCCACCAGGGCUACACCGGGAGCAGGGCUGGAGGCCGGCACCCCGCGGAGGAAGCCUUACACCUGUGAGCUGUGCGGCCGAGGCUUUGAUUGGAAAUCGGUGUUUGUCAUCCACCACCGGACGCAUGCGGAUGGGCAGGCCACGCGGGCCCCGGUGCUGGCUGUUGGGGGUGCUCAGAAGCUGCCACCAGGUUCCCGGGAGCCGGGCACACCACGCCACCCCCGGCGUGCACUCCCAGGCCCCCGGAGCUAUGCGUGUGAGGAAUGUGGGCGCAGCUUCAGCUGGAAGUCUCAAUUGGUCAUCCACCGCAAGAGCCACGCAGGCCAGCGGCGCCACUUCUGUGGCGACUGUGGCCGCAGCUUCGACUGGAAGUCCCAGCUGGUCAUCCACAGGAAGAGCCACCGGCCGGAGGCCCCAUGAGUGGCUCCAGAAGGCAGCCUCGUCUUGGGAGCCUUGCAGUCUCCAGGUCCUGGACACAGUUCCUGGCAAUCUGGUUCCAGCCUUCCUUGGGCUGCUUGGUCUCUGUGUGAGACAUGUGGAGGCAACA